AUGGUUACCGUCAGGGGUAAAGCUACAAAGAUUGUUAAGAAACACCCAAAACGCUUCACUCGUCAUGAAUCUGACCGUUACAGACGUGUUAGACCAAAUUGGCGCAAACCAAAGGGUAUUGAUAACAGAGUUCGUAGACAAUUCAAAGGAGCUCGUAUCAUGCCAGGAAUUGGUUUUGGAUCUGACAAGAGAACUAGAUUUGUUUGCCCAAAUGGAUUUAAAAGAGUUGUCAUUCAUAACAUUAAGGAACUUGAAGUUCUUUUACUCCAAAACAAAAUUUAUGCUGCUGAAAUUGCUAAAGGAGUAUCAGCUAAAAACCGUAAAUUGAUUGUUGAACGUGCCAAUCAACUUGCUAUCAAUGUUACCAACAAGAAUGCUCGUCUCCGUACCGAAGAAGCCGAAUAA